CCCAAAGACCCAAACCCGUUCAUAUAUAUAAUGCUCCCGUCUCUGUCCUUGGAAGAAAUCGCCGAUCGCCACCAUCUACCUUCAUCGUCUUCUUUUUCGUCGAUUCUUCUCACGCUGGUUGGGUCUUCGCUAGUCGCCAUCACCAACGCCUUCGUCUUCCCCGUUCGUGCGCGUUUUGGGUUCGACAGAAAAUAAGGGACAACGAUUCCUGGUUUUUGAUUUUGAUUCAUCGAAUAAUCAAAGCAAUCGGUUCUCAAUUGAAGCCCACGAAUUGAAACCCUCAAGGAAACCCAAGCUACCAAAAACCCCCAAAUCACUCCUGCAUCAGGAGAGAACGACAAACCUCGAGCCGCACCAGCAAUGGACGGGAAGUUCCAGAAGGAAGUCCACUCAAAGAAGAGAAAGGCUGUUUCCCUUCCAAAAGGAGACAGUGGGAAAUUGAUUAGUAAAAAACUGAAAUCAGCUUCCGGCAAGCCGAAGAGUGCUCUCAAGAAGCCUGUAACGUUGCCUAAGAAACGGACGAACCCAAAAGAGACUGAAGCGAAGCCGCGGGUUCGGAAAGAAAAUGCUGAAUCCAAGCGGGAGAGCCGUUUACGUGCCAAGGAAGUCACUGAAGCUAGGAAGAAGAAGAGGAAGAGGCAUUAUACAUUAGAACAGGAGCUUACAAAAUUGUGGGAGAAGAUGAGGCAAAGAAAUAUUUCAAAAGAAGAUAGGUCCAGAUUGGUGACUGAAGCUCUGAAAAAGAUUCCAGGAAAAAUCCCUGAAAUUGCCAGCUCUCAUAUUUCUUCUCGUGUUCUUCAGACGUGUGUCAAACAUUGCACCCCAGAUGAAAGGAAUUAUGUGUUUCAAGAGCUCCGGCCUCAUUUUAAUACCCUUGCGUGCAAUACAUAUGCAGUCCAUCUUGUGACAAGGAUGUUAGAUCAUGCAUCAAAACAACAGUUGGCAGAGCUCAUGUCCUCUUUUCAUGGGCGUGUUGCCUCUCUUCUUCGUCAUAUGGUCGGUUCACUUGUUGUUGAGCAUGCAUAUAAACUGGGAAGUGUAACUCAGAAACAAGCUUUUCUGAUGGAACUCUUUUCACCUGAACUCCAGAUUUUCAAGGAUUUGGUCACAGGGAAGGAGGCCAGUGUUGUAGAUGUCAUGUCCAGACUAAAGCUACAAAAAUCAUCAGUCUUGCGUCACAUGACAUCUGUGCUUCAGCCUAUCUUGGAGAAGGGAAUCAUUGAUCACUCUAUCAUACACCGGGCAAUUAUGGAGUUUUUAAGCAUUGCGGAUGAGUCUUCUGCUACAGAUGUACUCCGGCAGUUAUCAAAUGCAGAUCUUGUACGGAUGAUGCACACUAAGGAUGGAUCUAGGAUUGCUAUGCUUUGUAUCAAGCAUGGGAGCGCAAAGGAUAGGAAGAAAAUCAUUAAGGGGAUGAAAGGAAAAAUUGAGAAGAUAGCUCGUGAUAAGUUUGGCAGUAUGGUGCUGGUGUGCAUACUUUCAAUUGUUGAUGACACCAAACUUCUUUCAAAGAUUAUUAUUCGCGAGCUUGAGGGCGUUCUGAAGGAAAUUGUUUUGGAUCAGAAUGCAAGACGACCACUGUUGCAAUUACUUCAUCCCAUCUGCUCUCGCUAUUUCAGUCAAGAUGAUUUGGACUCACUCAAUUUAUUGAUUCCUUCCCUCACUGUCAAGGGAUUGCUUGAAAUGGAUAAAGAUGAGCAUUCAGGUAUGGAAGAUGCUAUCAAUGAAGUGGUGGCCAUAUCAGAAAAGGCUAAAUGCAUGCUAAAAAAUAAACAUUUAAAUGAUCGUGGGAAAAAAGAUCCUUUACGAAGGAGGCAAGAGUUGCUUGUUGAUAGCGCACUUGCUGAGAAACUCCUUGAUGUGUGCUCUGUGAUGGCUGAAGAUUUACUAAGAUCUAAUACUGGUAAAGAUGUUAUCUUUGAGGUUGCAAAGGGUGGUGCUGAUGGCAUUCUCCGUCACACACUAGGUGAAAAGCUGGAAUCCUUAUAUGAAGCUAUAGUGUGUAUUGCCUUGCAGCCUAAAUCAGAGAAUCCAAAUAAGGAUCAUCUCCUUGAGGAUUUCCAUUCCAGUAGGAUGAUUAGAAAACUUGUUCUAGAUUGCCCUUCCUUUGCUCAGAUAUUAUAUGAGAAAGCUCUAAAAGGACAUUGUGCAACCUGGGCCCAAGGUCACAGUUUGAAGGUGAUAAGUGCAUUUUGGGAAACCUCUGAUGCUCUAGUGCAUGAAUUGGUCAAGGAAGAGAUCCAGCCAUUGGUAGAUAGUGGGCUUCUCAAGGUAGCAGCUCCAGCAAAAGAACUCCCUAAAGAUGAGUGAGAACAAAAAAAAGGUAAAUCCGUCUUAAUGGACUGUCCAUUAGGACGAUGUUAUAGUGAUGUUUGUAUUAUGAUAUGAUUAUACCAUGCAUUUCAGCUCAAUUUUGGUAAGCACAUUUUCAGGGUGUUUAGUACUAGUUUGUCCUAGUUGAAGUUUAAUUAUUGAAGUACGGAUUCCAGUUGACUUCUGUUCUUUUUGUUUUCCUGUUUACUAUGGAGUUUCUACGAGUAAUUUCAUGCUCUCUGCUUUUGUUUUGUAAUUUGAAAACACGUUGGCCAACAUACAUUAGUGAUAGGACAACUUGAGGUGAUGGCUAGAUACAAUUUGGUUUUGGUUCUGGAACUACUUCCUGGUUCC